GAUAAAGUGAAGUGUUGCAGUGCUGGAGCUGCGGAUGACGGGGAGGGAAGACUGAAUUUGCCCCGGAAUAUCUGAGAUGACGUGUGUGUGAGGUCUGCAUUCUUGGCCCAGGCUAACCAGUUACCCAUCCCUGCUCAUUUUGACAACACCCAUCUACUUUUUUUUUUUUUUUUUUUUUUUUUUUUUUUUACUCCAUCUUUUAAAUGAAAUACAUUGGCUAAGCUUGAUCAUUAUUUGCUGCCUUCAGCUCUCAGGUUUACGUGGUAAUAUUCUGUCGAGCAGACACCUUUGAAUUUUUACUUUCACCUCAUCAUAUCUAAGUGAUUAAUGGGGAGCGACUGUGUCUCUUUAGUUUUGAAACCCAUUGAGGGCGAAGAGCAUUUUGGAGGGCUCUUCCCAGAGCGCAGGCGAGUGUCGCCUUAUUUGGACUAAAGACCGUUUUAGAGGUCACCACAAUGCCACCUGUUUCUGAACACCGAGAUGAUGGUGCUGCCACGAACAUUGUCCAUUCUGCUUUGGAGAGCCAGCACAACUUGGAUGUAGAUAACAGUCCUCUCAUGGUGAACCCAAAUUUUUUGGAGCCAGAUGAAGCUGAGGCAGUGGUCAUAGGUUCCCGUGCAAAUACCAAAGGUGUGCAAGAAGAGGAUGCCUUACUGGAGAAUGGUAGCCAGAGCACAGAGAGUGAAGAUCCAAAUAUUGAGCCUUCGUGUGAGGCUGUGGUGCCACUGAAAGAAACGUCUUUUUCCAUUGGCCUUCAAGUUCUGUUUCCUUUCUUAUUGGCGGGAUUUGGGAUGGUGGCUGCAGGGAUGGUUCUCGACAUAGUGCAGCACUGGGACGUCUUUACGAAUGUUACAGAAGUGUUCAUCUUGGUGCCUGCUCUGUUAGGCCUUAAAGGGAAUCUGGAAAUGACUCUGGCGUCUCGUCUCUCAACUGCGGCCAACAUUGGACAAAUGGAAACUGCCAAAGAAAAGUGGGCAAUGAUUGUUGGUAAUAUGGCACUGAUACAGGUACAAGCAACGGUUGUAGGUUUCCUGGCUUCUAUUGCAGCAGUUAUUUUUGGCUGGAUCCCAGAUGGCCAUUUCCUUAUAGAACAUGCUGUGCUGUUAUGUGCGAGCAGUGUCUCCACUGCCUUCAUUGCUUCUCUGGUCCUGGGUCUUGUUAUGAUUGGGGUAAUCCUUGGUGCUAAAAAACUUGGCAUUAAUCCUGACAAUGUGGCUACGCCUAUAGCUGCCAGCCUUGGAGACCUGGUUACUUUGGCAUUGCUUUCUGGUAUUAGUUGGGGCCUCUACAAAGAAAUGAAGAUCAAUGUGUUUGUCAACCUAAUUGUGUGCCUGCUGUUCAUAGCUCUGCUACCUGUGUGGUUUAUAAUUGCAAGGAAAAAUCCAGCAACAAGGCAGGUGCUGGCAACCGGAUGGGAACCUGUUAUCAUUGCUAUGGCCAUCAGCAGCAUUGGGGGAUUGAUUUUGGAUAAAACGGUGUCCGAUCCUAACUUUGCUGGAAUAGCUGUUUUCACUCCUGUCAUAAAUGGUGUUGGCGGGAACUUGGUUGCUGUGCAGGCCAGCCGUAUAUCCACAUAUCUUCACAUGAUGGGAUCACCAGGCGAUGACAUUGGUCUGGUCUCUCGUAAAUGUCCCAGUCCUUGUAGAACAUUCUUCACUUCUGAUGUGAACUCUCGUUCAGCCCGCGUGUUGUUCCUCCUAGUGGUGCCAGGCCAUUUGGUUUUCUUGUACACAAUCAACGCCAUGAAGGCUGGACACACAACCAUGACAAUCAUUUUCAUGGUCUUCUACAUGAUGGCAGCAUUACUUCAGGUUCUUGUUCUCCUGUACAUUGCAGACUGGAUGGUUCAUUGGAUGUGGAGCAGAGGGAUGGAUCCCGACAACUUUUCGAUUCCCUAUCUCACUGCCUUGGGGGAUCUCCUGGGCACUGGACUUCUUGCUCUUAGUUUCCAUGUACUUUGGCUAAUCGGAGACCGUGACACUGAUGUGGGAGACUGAAUGUCGACCUGCUUGAAGUACCUGGCGUGGGGACCAUUUAUAUGGCCUGGAUGAUUUAACAGGACUAACUAGAAAAGUGCAAUUGUUUCCCUUAUAAACUUAGUACACAGCUACAUUUGUUACCGAUGUGCUAAAUUACUUUCAGUAAGGCCUGAUACCCCUGUAGGUGCAGCUGGACCUGCUUCAGAGCCCCCCCCCCCCCCCUGUCCUGCUGCUGCCCACUUCAGCAGUGUCAAUAUGCAUGUUUAAAACACUAGAUGUCGUCUUUUCACUUUUGGGGGCAGGAAUUCUCCACUUCGAGAAAUGAUAUAUAAUUUUAUUUUUUUGUAAAGGGGUAAUAGUCUGCCAAAUGAUUUAGGAUGUUUACACUCUAAAAAAAAAAAAGGUUUCAUGAAGUUGAAUGUCACUGGAAAAUCUAUACAACACCUCUUGGGGGGCUUGUAGUUUUCUGAAGAGAAGCUCCUUCCCAAAUAUAUGCUCUAACAUCCAAUGAAGAACAAUGAAUAUUGUGGAGGGAAUACUGAAUAGCAUAUAGAGAUCUGUGAAAAAGCUUACUUAUACUGACAUUGACCCAUUGACCUGGCAAAGUAAGCCCCAUAUGCAUGUCCGUAUUGUGGGCUUGGGUUGUAUGGCUCUUCAAAGGGGUUUUCCCAUCUCCAAACUUAUGGCCUGUUCACUGGAUAUGGCAUAAAUGUUUGAUAGGUGUGGCUCACGCCUUUAAACCUGCACCGAUCUUGAUUUGUGGCCCCAUCUUCAGCCGUUGUGAAUGGAGAGGUAGAGCAUGCUCUUUUCUUUCAGUUCUAUGGGCGUCCCAAAAAUAUUGGUGCACACUUAUCUUGCUGUUUUUGGAAUUUCCAUAGAAGUGAAAGCUGAGAGCCACACGUGUCCCAACACUUUAGUGUCCAUGAGUUAAGUAUUGGUCCCAGGGGUGGGUUUACACCUAUUGGACAUUUAUGGCAUAUCCUGUGGGGUACCCCUUUAUGUGCAGUAAUAGAGGUGUAAAAAGCAUUACUGUACCUUCAUAAACCUAAAAAAAAAACUCUGUAUGAAAUCUGUCUAGGGUAGAAUAUAUCUGGCACACAAAGUCCCUGCAGCUCUGUAGUAUAAAUCUACAGGGCCUUCCAUGUGCCAUCCAUACAGGCUCUUACAUACUGCUAUACAUUGGGUAGGGCAGAGUUCAAACAGUUUUCAGUAUUAACUAUUGCAGUAUUUUUUUUUCAGGUGUGCAGCGUCAGACACGGGUACACCUGGUGAAUAAAGAUCAAACUGACACGUUAGAAUUCUAGAUGUGCAAUGUUGGGGAAUGUAAAUUAACUUGUCUUCAUUCACAAACUGCCUAAAUAUACAUUUGCUGCUUUUAUAGCAGUGUCGGGCCAUGUUCACACGCAGACUUCAGCUGUGUAACAGACCAGUAAGUGUGUGACGAAUGCUGUGUCCAAAGAUUUUCUCCUUUGCAAAUUCCUGCAAUAUCUGGGAAAAAUCUGUGGCAGAAUAGAGCAUACGGCGGACUUAAAAAUCUGCUGAUGUUAAUGGAGUUAUGUAAAACGCUAUUUACUUGUGUACGGCUACGUGUGAACAUGGCCCUGGAUCAUGCUGCUGUGUUUAAAUAUGUAAUUUACAGAGGGAAAAUUAUGUGUGUAUAUAUAUAUAUAUAAAAAAAAAAUAAUAAUUCUAUGCACAAUUGAUACUAUGCAGUACAGCACACGGAGCCUACAAACAAAUUGUUUCCUACAAUGGGUUUCUUAAAGAAAUGCCACGAUUACAGCAAUAUGAAAUUGAUGCCAUGAUUGUGGCCCAUUUAUGAACUUGUCAUACUGUCUCCAAGUGCGAUCCUCUCCUGUGUGUUUUACGCAGGCUUCCCCACUAGGUAGCAGGACUACAUGGCAGGCAGUGCAAAUAAAUUGGGUUGUGUGGAAUUUGGGCUCUAGCACAUGGGUGAUUUGUAGCACCAUCCAUCUACACUAGUGCACCGGUCAAUUGCCUUGUUUCUGACUUCUUUGUCUAAGAUGGUAGAUCUGUCUUAUAUAUGUAUGUUUAUUGUGAUUACUCUAUCUAUGCGUCUUAGCUGCCUGUUGCAUGCAGCUUUUUCAGACUUCAUUGUUUACACUGCCUGCCUACUGGGGGAACUAGAAGGCUCCUACCCACUCAAUACACCAGUGAUAUGAACAAUUAUUUGAUAACUUCCCUCCCCUUAAAGGGGUUUUCCCUAUCUCAGACAAUGCCGGCAUAUCGCUAGGAUAUGCUCCCAUUGUCUGAUAGGUUCGGGUCCCACCUCUAGGACCUGCACCUACACUGAGAACGGAGCCCUGAAAGUGGUGGAGAGCGCACUGUGCAUACGCAGACACCCUCCAUUAAUUUCUAUGAGUGCUGGUUUGGCUAUUUCUAUGGGCCGACGGAAGUGAAUGAGAGCAGUGGCCGCGCAUUCACGGUGCGCUCCCAUUCACUUCUAUGGAGGGAGAGCUUGGUGGUGGCUGGACCUCCGGCCACCACUUUCCCUGCUCCGUUCUCAAUAUAGGGGCGGACCCGCACCCAUCAAACAAUUGGGACUUAUCCCAGCGAUAUGCCCCCAUUGUCUCAGAAGGGGUUGUCUGGUCAAUUUAUUUUUAUUUAUUUUUUCCUUCCCUCUUAAUAACUUAACUCUCUGAUAACUCACUGCUUCAACUCAGACACUUCCCAAUUUUCCACCGGUCUAUACUUCCUGAACCCUCUCAACACAGGAAAUGUGAACGCUCUGCCAGUCACUGGCCAUAGCAGUGACCUGCCUCAGUCAGUGAUUGCCUGAUCGGUUACGUUUCAUUUGUGACAAGAGGGACCAGGAAGCAGAGAGAGGCCUGGGUCUGGGAAGUGUCAGAAUGGGAAUAGCGUUGCCUUUAAAAAAAUCUACUAUACAACCCUAUUUAGGGCGAAUUCACACAUGUUUUAAAGUAGUUUUUGAAGUCAAAACGAAGUAGAUUUAAAAUAAAUAAAUAAAUCUUUCCUACAUAGUAUACUUCUCCUUCCUAUACAGUCCACUCGCAACAUCGGCUUCUAAAACUGCUUACCCCCAAUAGCUGGUUAUAAAAUCUAUUGUUAUCCAAUGUACCGUUCUGAAAAGGUAAAUGAAGUAUGGAAAUGACAUAGGACGUGAUGCAUGUGUAUUACAUGUCUGCUCUUGAAUAUUUUCCAAAACUUUGCUGUGGAGAAUAUCCGUGGCUUCCAAUGUCUGCUGAUUUUUCUAGCAGUUUCCCUCUCUGUGAUGAGGAGUCUUCAUUACUAGAUUAUCAAUACUCACAAAGACUUGGGUCCUUUUACAUGGACUAAUAAUCAGGCCAAUUAUUGGGGAUGAAUAUUUAAAUAGUGUAUAAAUCCUGGUUCCCAAUAGUCGGCGUGUGAGAAGGUGCCAGUGUUCAUUGGGCGAUUUUGUGUCUUUUGGCCGGCAACAAAAAUCUGUUUCUGUGCAGUACAUCUCCCUUUGUGAUGUCCAGAACCUUAUUUUCUAUGUAGACAAGCAAUCGCUGUAGCAAUGGCUUUUUCCCAUACAGAGUAGAUGAUUGCUGCAUGUGAAAGCGGCUCUCACCUUAUGACGAUUAGGCAAUUAUUGGGAACAAAUGGUUUACUCCAUGUAAAAGGACCAUUAGUGAGUCUUUACUCUUUCCUACACAAGUUGUCACCUCUUAUGUGCUUCACUGAUUGAAUUUGCAGCAUUUUGUUUUUCACGGUGAUAAAUAUCUGGAUAAACUGGAUUGUUUAAAAUGUGUGUAUCAUUUGCUAUUUAAAGCUUUUAGAAGAAAACUUCUGUAACUUAAUAUCACCCCUAGGACUCGCAUUACAUGUCUUAUGAUUGGAAAUUCAAGUCUUGCAGAAUAUUUUACAGAACGCCUUCUAUAACACUGUCUUUUCUGUGAAGCAGGAACUUUAGCAUUUGCUGUCAGGUAUAGGUGCUGCCUGGACAUGAACUACCAUCAGAGGUGACCAAAACCAGCAGGGCUAGCAUAGAAGGCUAUUCUCACGAGCAGCUCCUGUCAUGACCCAGGGGUCUGAGGGAUAGGAAAUGCUGGUAUUAAUGCAUUGAAAUCCUGCACUUGGGCCAGCCCAUUCAGGGCAUUGUUCUAUUUCAUGUAGAUCCACACAUACAGCAGCUAGAAGAGAACAAGUAUCCAUAUAAAGGGAGGUGAUUCUCCAUAAACCAUGCAUUAUCAUCUGGUCACUAUGGUAGUCACCAUGGUUCAUUUAGGCACUGAUGUUACCAAAUCACCUUCUAGUUAUCUUAAUGAAGACUGAAAGUUUUCUCUUUAAAUUUUUUUAGGGAAUUGAAAGGUAGCUUUAUAUGUGCAGUCUGAUUUUAUGAAAUCCUGUUGUAAUCUGUGUAAGCCACAAUGGGGAGUCAGAUCUCAUGAUUGCAUUCUUUUCAUUACCCCUAAAAGUAUGGGGGGUUUCCGUUAGUGAUGCAAGAUCUAUAGAAUAGGACUGCCUCUUGGAAUAUGACAGUAGAAUUUUAUUUGCAUAAAAAUUAUUGCUUUAUUGAAACUGAUUUAAAUUAUUUGUUUAUGGAAAUGAAGUUAUUUAAUAAUAAAAUAAAGUUAUUGAAAUUCA